UGGAGUUGACUUGAAAACAAUGCUUCUAUAAAACAAAAUCUUCUUAUUGCAUAGUCCAUACUUCGACAUCACAUCUUAAUCUUGUAUCAUGGCUUUCACUAGCUACUAUUUGAUCCUCUUUUGCUCACUUCUCCUCUCCAUUUCUUCAUAUUGCAUAGGCCAAACUUCUCCCCAGACCAAAGGACUCAUCCUUCCGGUGACCAAAGACUCAUCUACUCUCCAAUACAUCACACAAAUUGGUCAAAGAACUCCUCUUGUGCCCAUCAAGUUAACAAUUCAUCUUGGUGGACAAACUUUAUGGGUAGACUGUGAAAAUGGUUAUGUGAGUUCCACUUAUCGACCAGCUCUUUGUGGCUCAACUCAAUGUACCAUCUCCAAAGUUAACACUUGUGGAAACUGCACCACCAGUACUCCUAAAAUUGGCUGCAACAAUAAUGCAUGUUAUAACACCCCAGAAAAUCCAUUCAUCAAGACUUUAUAUGAUGGUGGUGAAAUUACUGAAGACGUUUUGUCGAUACAAUCCACUGAUGGAUCAAAUCCUGGUAAGUUUGUUAAGAUCCCGAGUUUCAUUUUCACUUGUGUUCCUACAUUCUUGACUGAAGGUUUGGCUAGUGGGGUGAAAGGUACUGUUGGAUUGGGAAGGAAUCGUAUUUCGCUUCCUUCCCAAUUAGCUGAAAUCUUCAGCUUCCCAAGAAAAUUUGCAGUUUGUUUGAGUUCAUCCACACAAUCUUCUGGUGUCAUAUUUUUUGGUGAUGUCAUGAUGCUUCCAAAAAUUGAUGUCUCUAAAGAUCUCAUCUUUACGCCGUUGAUCACCAACCCUUUUGGUACUGGAUCAGUUCCUUUCCUGAAUGAAUCUUCCUCAGAGUACUUCAUUGGAGUGAAAUCUAUUAGAGUCAAUGGCAAACCAGUGACAAUUAACAAAAAAUUGCUUGGGAUUGACAAGAGAGGAGAUGGUGGAACCAAAAUCAGCACAGGGAGUCCUUAUUCAAUCUUGGAAACUUCCAUAUAUGAUGCUGUGACUAAAGCUUUCAUCAAUGAGUUAUCUAAUGUGACCAGAGUGGCUGCUGUGGCACCUUUCGAGACUUGUUUCAGCUCAAAAAGUGUUGGUAGCACGAGGGUUGGACCAGCUGUUCCUGCCAUUGAUCUUGUUUUGCAGACUCCACGAGUUUAUUGGAGGAUUUUUGGUGCAAAUUCAAUGGUGAAAGUUAGCCAAGAUGUGAUCUGCUUAGGAUUUGUGAAUGGAGGGCUUAAACCUACUACUUCAAUAGUUAUAGGAGGAUAUCAACUAGAGGACAAUAUUCUACAAUUUGAUCUUGCUAGAUCAACACUUGGUUUUAGCUUAUCUCUUUUGUUCCACCAAACUACAUGUGCUAAUUUCAACUUCACAACUAAAGCUUAAAAAGCUGUCAUUUAGCAGUAUCCUUUCUCUUCCAGAAUUAUUCAAUAAAAAAGAAGAAACAAAUACUUUGAAACUUAA